AUGCCCCCUGGCCAUCUUGCUACUACAAACACCUUAGCCUUGGUUCUAGGCUGCAUCUGUCAAGAGAUCAAUUCUCAAACCAAAGAUUGUGAAGAGUUCGGUUAUAUGCUUGGUGAAAAGAUUGCUGAAGAAGCCGUCUUUCACCAAUGGGCGACCGGCAAAGAAUCUACUCCCGAUCUUAUCUUUACUCUCUUUCUCAAGAUCUUUCCCAACUAUUUUGCCAGUACUCCCCAACUUAACCCCAAUUCAGACAAACAAGAAACCCAAGUAAAUUUCCAGUCCUCUCCACUCCUAACUCAUUGCCACCCCGAUUCUUUCCUUAAUCUCACCACCGGCUUCACUCGUGCCAUUUUCCACCGCCUUCUUCUCAGAACUGUCAAAAUCCAAAAGGACUCCACCACCAUCCAACUCACCAUUGCCUGGAACUAA